AUGAAAGGGCGUGAGGCACAUAAUGAGUUUGUCGCCUUUGUUUUCCGUGGGGGUUCUUCUAACCACGGUGGAUCUAAAUGGUGUUUUGAGAUGACUGUCCGCUUCCACUAUGGGAUGUCAUGCCAUGAAACCGCUUCUUGCUUAAAUUUUUUUGGCUAUCUAGAGUGGUGGAAUAAUGGACGUGGAAAUGGAAAGAGCACCGAAAAAGGAAAAUGUGUUGUUGGUGAUGGAAAAUGUAUUCUUGGUGUUGCUAAUGUUGCUCAAUAUGCAACAUCAUCUUUUUCUGCAUCACCUGUUCUGACAACCCAAGACAAAAGUGAUGUUGGUCAUACUUUAACAGAUGAUCAAUGGAACACUAUCUUGAAUAUGUUCAAACUGCACUUCGAGGAUGGUGAUUGGAGCGGGUGA